CCGGCUCUGGUGCGGCGGCAGCGCGCUCGGUGGUGCCGAUGGAGGCCGGUGCUGAGGCGGAGCCGCUGCUGCCCCCGCGGCGCUGGCAGGCGGGCCGCGGGCUGUGGCGGGAGCGCGGCGGUGCCCGCUCGGCCGCCGAGGACGGUGCUGGAGCUGAUAAUGACCUUUAUAUAAACCAAGCCAUAGUAUUUAUUGAAGAUGCAAUACAAUACCGAUCUAUAAAUCACCGUGUGGACUCCAAAUCCCUGUGGCUUUAUCGAUGGUACUAUUCCAGGACUUGCCAGUGGAUUUUGAGCUUAACCAUUACUGUAAUCUUGGCUUUGGCUUUCAUUGAAGAGCCUUCCUCGCUCACCAUCACGUCUGAUGUGCGCUACCGCCUUCCCGCCUGGAAUCCUCCCUGUGGCCUCACGGAGAGCGUGGAGCUGCUCUGCCUCCUGGUGUUCGUGGUUGAUGUGUCUGUCAAGAGUUACUUAAUUGGAUGGAAAGAAUUUUGGAAAAAUAAAUGGCUAAUGGCUUAUAUACUGACAUUAAUUGUUUCCCUUGUUGAUUGGAUUGUAUCACUGAGUUUUUUCUGCAAAGAGAGUGUGAGAAUAAGGAGAAUCCUUCGCCCCUUCUUUCUCCUCCAGAAUUCCUCUAUGAUGAAGAAAACAUUAAAAAGUAUCAACAGCACAUUGCCUGAAAUGGCCAGUGUUCUUCUACUACUGGCUGUUCAUCUGUCUCUCUUCACCAUGUUUGCCAUGCUGCUCUUUGCUCGAACAAAGGAUAACCAGCAGGAUAAGGAGUGGGUGGUGUAUUUCCGGAAUUUGCCGGAUUCCCUGACGUCACUGCUGGUCCUGCUGACUACUGCAAAUAAUCCUGAUGUGAUGAUACCUGCAUAUUCUAAGAAUCGAGCAUAUUCAAUCUUCUUCAUCCUCUUCACUGUAUUAGGCAACUUGUUUUUGAUGAAUUUGCUUACAGCAAUAAUAUACAACCAGUUUCGAGGGUACCUUCUGAAAUCAGUUCAGUCCUCCCUCUUCAGGAGGCGGCUGGGAAUCCGGGCUGCGUUUGAGGUGCUGUCUUCCCUGAAAGAGACUCCUGCUAGUGCACAACAGUCCUGUGUCAGUGUUGGGGCCUUAAUACAGGUGCUGCAGAAAGCUGAGAUGGAUUCUCGCUGCAAACAAGCCAUAAUGAGAUCACUCAAAAUGUGCUCCUGUGACCAGCUGUCAGCUGCCCAGUUCCAGAAGCUCUUUGAAGAGCUAGACAAAGAUGCCAUCAAGCAACACCCUCCCAGUCCAGAGUACCAAUCCCAUUUUAUGCAGAAAGUGCAGUUUGCCUUUGGCCAUCCCUACUUUGGCUACUUGGGGAAUGUGGUAGCCCUGGCAAACAUUAUUUCUAUUUGUGUGGUUUUGGUGAUGGAUGCAGAUAAGCAGCCAUCUGAAAGGGAUGACUUCUUCCUGGGGGCUAUCAACUGCUUCUUCAUCCUGUACUAUCUGCUGGAAAUGUUGCUGAAAAUCUUAGCCAUGGGCUUGAAAAGAUACUUGUCUUACCCAAGCAAUAGAUUUGAUGGACUUCUGACUGUAAUUUUGCUGAUUUUGGAGAUUGCAACUUUUGCUGUGUAUGGAUUUCCUCACCCUGGCUGGAGGCCUGAGCUCAUGGGCUUGCUGUCCCUGUGGGAUAUGGUGCGCCUGGUGAACAUGUUAAUUGUCUUCAGGUUCCUGAGGAUUAUCCCCAACAUGAAGUUCAUGGCUUUGGUGGUUACUACGCUGCUGGAUCUGGUGAAAAACUUAAGAGCCUUUGCAGGAAUCCUUGUGGUGGUUUUCUAUGCAUUUGCUAUAACUGGCAUAAUGCUGUUUAAAGGUGCUGUUGUUCCCUUGGGAAAUACCAGUGCUGCCAACACCACAAAUUAUAAUGGCACUCUGCAGUGUGGGACCUAUGAACAGCUGGAAUAUUGGCCCAACAACUUCGAUGACUUUGCUGCAGCAGUGGUGACCCUCUGGGAUGUGAUGGUGGUGAACAACUGGCAAGUCUUUUUGGAUGCAUUUUCAAGAUAUUCAAGUCCGUGGGCAAAUAUCUAUUUUGUAGCCUGGUGGUUGAUUUCCUCUGUCAUCUGGGUUAAUCUCUUCGUAGCUUUACUUCUGGAGAACUUUAUUCACAAGUGGGACCGUCGCUGCCAGAGAGAGUCUCUUUCAGAUAUUGAAUACCAGAGGACAGUUGAACUCAUGUUCAGAGAUGUUUUGGAAGAACCUACAGAGGAGGAGUUGAUGGAAAAACUACACCAGCACCCACACCUGCACUUAUGUAGGUGACUGGUGGGAAGGACUGAUUUAUUUAGACCUCUGUUUUCUUGAGGUUGUCAACUGGAAGAAACUGAAUGGAUUUUCUGUGAGAUGCUGUUAGGAGAGGGGCUUGUAGGACACUAUGUGAGAUUUUGCUUGGGAAUUUUCUGCAGAAAGGUUUUUUUAUUUUGGGUUCAUAUCUUUUUUUGGAAAAUAUUUGAAUCCUGCUAACUUGAUUUUAAGUUGCAAUUUCAGAAGGAGUAUUGCAGCUGUUAUUUUUAUAGGGUGUUGAUAUCCGAAGGUUUUAUUUACUUUUUUUAAUAGGAAAAGUCUCUUUAAAAUGACAGUGCACUUUAAAACAUGAACUUUAUAACCACUAAGACUGCUACUUUUUUUAGCACAAGAAAAUGGAAAAUGGAGCUGCCUUUUUUGGCAGGCAAGUGUGGCAAGGGCUGCACCCUGCGAUUCGUGAAUGGAUUAGGCAGGACUAGAACAAAAUCCUUAAUCUUCUUCUAGUGAGAGCUGAAACACUAUUUUUAUUGUAAUGUGACACCAGCAUAUAUUACUAAAUUUUCGGGAGUUAAUCAUGUCGGAGCACAAUCAAUUCCAGCUUAGUAACAGGGACUGCCUACUAUGCACAUCCUCUGUUUUUCUUUGCUUUCCAUGGGGGGUUCAUGCUGGUUGUGCCAUUCAGGUGGCUGAGAGCAGUUAGAACCUGGACUGGAGCAGUUGCACUCAUGGUUUUCAAUGUGGUAAAACUAAGCUCUCUUUCAGAGUCAGUAUUCUCAUGUUGCUCUUUACUGAACCUCUUCCUUUUACUUUCUUCCAAGUCCUGUUCUACACUGUGUUGUAUUUCAUGAAAAAGCUGAGGGGAAUCAGCUUUGGCUGGAAUGUUGUAUGUACCAUGAUCACUGGAGUUGCCCACUCAAAAGGGGAAGAGGAAAAAAAGGUUUGAAUGGGAUAAUCAAAGUGCUUAACUGUUGAAAUUUUAAUUCAAGCCUGUGGGAAUUGAAGGUGCUCAACCAGUAUUGCAGGAUCACAUUCCUUUAUGGCUUAACAACCACAUGCUGUGUUACCACUAAGUUUCACCAGGGUAAAACUUUUUGGGUAAAUAAGUUUCUCAACAAAUCCAAAGUGGAGGAUUUGCAGUAAGCUGUGUCCACAUGCUUUUUGCUAUCCCCUAGUGUUCCUCUAUAAAGGGGUUUUUGCUUGAAUCUCUUGCCAUGUAACUAGUAAACUGCUGUGAAAAAUAGAAUCUACCACAAAUACUGGUUUUAUAUGUAAAAAUGAAAUUGCCCUUUGGGGCACUGCCUUCUCAUUGAGACACUUGUCACCAAAAUAGACAUUAUUGUUGUCAUCUCUGUAUUGACAAAGGCUUGGGGGAGGUAAUUGGCUACUAUUUAUAAGUUCCUUGAUUCUUUUUUUAGCUAAAAAAUGUUUUUCAGAAGUGCCAAGCAGUCACCCUCUGUACCUUUCCUCAUCUUUUUUCAUCAGUUGCCAUUUCUCUCUGUUCUGGAUGAAAGAGAGCAAAAUAUCAAGGAUGAUGGUGCUGAUGUUUUUAUUGAGGUCAAAACCAUAUUUUUACCUUGUUGUCUCACUGCUCAGAAAUUGCUUAAUGAUCCUUGUGAGUUUCUUUACCUUUCUGCCUGCAUUUUCUUUGUGCUGUGGAGCAAAAUAUUUUGUAGCUUUCAUAUGUGUGGGACAAAUGUGAGCUGAGUUCUGAGCUACUCCUGCAGUUUUUCUUGCUUCUGUAAUCCUGCCUCUUAAGCCAUGCCCUUUUCUGUGUGCAGUCUCUUGUCUCUGUUCCAGAUUAAGCCACUUGCACUGGUUUCAGUGGCCUCAUCAUGCUUAUUUUCAGUCAAGCACUUAAAACACUCAUCAUGGCAACCUGAUAAAGGCAUCAGCACACCCUUUUCCUGGUUUUGAGUUUGUUCUGUUCAGUAUGGCUUCGUGUAAGGACGGUUUCUGUUCCUUCUAGUGUCAUGCAUAAUCACUGCCACCAAUGUAUUGUGUCUUAUUACACAGUGGUUAAAUGCUCUUAUUUUACCUUUUUACUAAAAAAAAAAUUGUUUUCCACUUUUCUGAAUACUUGAAGUAACUUUGCCUUGCCAAAAUGAAGUGUCUGGUUCUUAUCAGCUUACAAGUUUGAUUAUUUUUUCUGUUUUUUCUGGCCUCUUAAGGUUCUUUGGGGUUUUGUGGUUGUUUUUUUGGUGGUUUUUUUUUUUUUUUGCCAUUACUUUACAACAUUACACUACAAUCUACCAAAGCAACACAAAUUGGUGUGGGAUUACCAUAAACAUCACAACUGUUUCCAUUAUGGCAUCUUUACAUCUGGAUAAAUGUGGAGAAGGUGUUCUGAAGGGAAUAGUCCGUCUUGUUCUUGUUUCACGCUUGUGUAAUUGACUGAAAGUGUAACUAGAAUUUAAUGCAAAAUUGUGCUACCUAAUGUCACUUGAACUGGAAGAUGUAAAUGACCACAAAUCUUAUGCAAUAAUUGUACAAAUCAUGGAAAUGAAUGUACAUCACUAGGUAAAAUUUGAGGUUUGCAUUAUUAAAAAUAAUUUUUCCUUCUUGAACCAUGAAAAUAAUUGGGGUGUUGAAAUGAUUCCUGUGGUUUGUUUUUGCCUUUCCCUUGUUACUGAUUUCUGCAGUGCCAGACAUUUCUGUUCCCAUUGUUUUUGCCAGAUAAAGGCUGGGCCCAUGGAGGAGGUUACGUGCAAGAGAGAUAUGUAAGUGCUUGGUUUCAAAAUGCAGAGCUAAAGGACACUGCUUUGUUAUUUUCCAAUUCUGGAGGCACAUAGCAUCCUCUGUAGUACUUGGCACACCCAGUUUUAAGGUGAUACCUC